GUUUCUAGCUCCUCCACUAGCAAGGUGCUAACAUGGAGUCAUGGGUGCAAUACUCUAGGGGAGUACACAUGCUAAUGAAACCGUAUAUCCGUAACCUAAGCGCUUUGGAUUUAAGCCUCUGAUAAAUGCAAACAUAAACUUCCACCCUUCUAGGUCUGUUACCUCGUGGAGCUGUAUUUUAUACGAUGGGAAAUGCGGAAUGGGAAGAGAAAGAAAACAAAAAGGGUGCAGGGUGAAGAGAGAGAAAAAUACCAGAAGAGAAUACCAUUAGAAGUCGUUGAUAGAGAGGUCCUUCUGAAAAACGUAGGGAAAUAGCAGUGACCUGAGGUAAAACAACAGGAUGAAAAGUAGAUAAGAGACGUUGGUGUCAUUACUUCACCAGGCAAACCGCUAGAUGGCGAUCAGCCAUCAACAUAAUGUAAACGCUAGUCAGUCGACUUUUUAGUAGGCGCCUUAUAUAGCUUUUUUUUGUCGAUAAAUGUCACUUGAAAUAAAUACUAAAAGAUAACGUCUUUGUGUUUUUCUGUUGACGGCUUGAUCCGGAGACAAACACGCAUUUCUUUUGACAAAAUAGUGAGAUGUUUGAGAAGUUCAGGGGUCGUUUCCAUAGAAACACAUUAACGUCGUCCAAGCUGGACUCCAGAAGUUGUCAUGCUAACGUGAAGUGAGUUUGUCAACACAAUAUAUCUUCGUACGCGUGGAAAGCUCGUCUAAAUAAUAGUGUGAAAAUGUCAGCUGCAGUAAAUCCACUGGCUAACCCUAAAGGAGGGAAGAAGUUAUGCGAAUUAUGUCACAAACCCGCCUAUCUUCAAUGCACAAAGUGCGGUGUGACUUUCUACUGUGACAUUGCCCAUCAAGAAGCUGAUUGGCUGAGUAUCCAUAACAGGGUGUGCCAGAUGCUGGUGCCCGUUCGAACGCCCACCCCCUUUCACAAUCUCCAGACAGAGAGAGACCACCACCGCGCAGAGAUACGCAAGGCUCAGGAGCAGCUCAUCUCCAUGUCUGAGGAGGAGGCUAGACGUUGGCUGUUUGAGGGGCGUUGUCAAGAGGCUCUUCCUGCCGCCCGGCUCUGCCUCCGUAUCGCCAUGGAAACGCACGGACCCAACGCCGUACAGCUGGUACCCGCCUAUCUGCUGCUUGCCGAGGCCAAUGUAGGCCUAGGCAGCCCCUCCCUGGCUGAAGAGUACCUGUCCCAGGCGGAGUGGACUGUGCUGAAGACCCCCGACUGCAGUGGGGUCCUGAGACACCGGCUCCACAGGAACCUGGGCAGCCUGUACAGCACCACAGACAACCCGGACGCCGCACUGCAACACUACGCCAACGACGUGUAUUAUGCCAGUGAGCAGUAUGGUCUGGACAGCAUAGUGACUUGUGGAGGUUACUUCCUGAUGGCCAGUGUUUUCCAGAAACAGAACAAGAUGGACAUUGUCAACUCUCUCUACAGCAAGGUGGCAGACAGUUGGCAUGGUCAUCUGAGUAAGCUGAUGGAGAACAGGAUGAAGCUCUCAGUACACCAGACUCUCAGUGAGGUCGAGCGUUGUGAAGGUGAUCGGACUCUGACAUCGAUGCUGGAACAACAGGAGGAGAUGAACACUGACUCCGCCCUCAACCAGUUUAACUCCGCCCAGUUGCUGCACUGCCUUUCCAUGCUCUGGAGCCUCGCUGGCUCCUGGACUAAGGCGCUGCAGUUUGGCCAUAGAGCUCUGGUGGAGAGCCAGCGUGUGAAGGACCACAGCCUCACAGGACCCAUUCAGGAGCUGCUCACCUGGGCUCAGGCACAGCACACACACACACACUGAUCACACACACACACACUGAUCACACACACACACACACACACCGCCAGCCAUC